AUCAUCUUCAUCACUUUCUCUCUGCCCCAGGCCAGUGCCCACCUCUCGCAGUCCUGUACCUACCAACCACAUCAUAUUCGGGUCCGUGAGCCCGUGGGAGACCGCGCGGCGGCGACGACGAGGCCUCGACCUCGAGCGAGGGUUGGUGGACGUCGACGAGCUAGGGUUAGGCGGGCUUUUGAGCUUAAGCUUGGGUUGGGGGGGCCUGCUGAUCCAUGGACGGGGGGACCGGCCCGGGCGCCGAGGUGCUCUCUCCCGGCGAGGCCGAGUGGCCCCCAGAGCUCCGCCUCCCGCCGCUGCCCUCCGUGCCGGAGCCCCCAGGGCCGCCCCCGCCCGCCCCCGCCUCCGCUUCGCUGCGACUGCGAAGCGUCGGGGUCGCGCCCCAUCUGCACGGGGAGGUCUUUGAUGAUGACCCGCAGUUCCUCGGAUCGAUCAUGGGGGCCGCGGCCCCGCCCCCGCCCCAGCAGCAGCAGCAGCAGCCCGCCGCCGCGGCACCGGUGAAGAGGAAGAGAGGCAGGCCGCCGAAGAACAGGGACGGUGCGGCGCCGGUGCCUGCGCCGGUGAAGCCGGGGAACAAGAAGGACGAGGAGGAGGUCUGCUUCAUCUGCUUCGAUGGGGGCAGCCUCGUGGUUUGCGACCGGAGGGGUUGCCCGAAGGUGUACCACCCUGCGUGCAUCAAGCGAGACGAAUCCUUCUUUCGGUGCCAGGGCAAGUGGGAUUGUGGUUGGCACAUAUGCAGCAGCUGCGAAAAGGCAGUACAGUACAUGUGUUAUACUUGUACGUACUCUGUCUGCAAAGGAUGCAUCAAACAAGGCAAAUUCUUUGGCGUUAGAGGGAACAAGGGCUUCUGUGACACAUGUUAUGGUACUAUAUUAUUGAUAGAAUCCAAAGAAGAUGGUGCAAAGGUUGGUGUUGAUUUUGAUGAUAUAUAUAGCUGGGAGUACCUUUUCAAGUUAUAUUGGUUGGAUCUGAAAGGGAAGCAUUUACUAACGAUUGAAGAGCUAAAAAGUGCCAAGAGCCAUUGGAUUGUUCCUACUACUGCUGGUAGAAGAGAGAAAGAGGAGUCAUCUGAUGAAUUAUAUGAUGCAAGCAAUGGCCAAGAUGCUACUUUUGACAUUUCGUCAAAGAAACGAAUACAGAAUAACUCUUCAGGAAAAAGAGGACAAAAACGCAAAAAAGACGGCAACAUUACUUCAAGGAAAUGUGGAAUCUCAAUUAACAGUGCUGGAGGCUUACCAAAUGGAUCAACAGGUGAAGGGAUGGCCUUGGCUGGUGACAAAAACUGGGCAUCAUCUGAGUUAUUGGAAUUCAUUGGACACAUGAGAAAUGGUGAUAAUUCUUAUAUUUCCCAGUUUGAUGUCCAGGUUCUUUUGCUUGAAUAUAUAAAGCAAAAUAACCUCCAUGAUCCUCGCAGAAAAAGUCAGAUUAUAUGUGAUGCAAGGCUUAGCAAUUUGUUUAAAAAACCACGUGUCGAUCAUUUUGAGAUGUUAAAGCUUUUGGAGAUGCAUUAUCUUGUGAAACAGGCUUCAACACCGAAUGCAGACAGUCAAAGAGCAAUUUAUUCAGAUUCAGCUCAAGUAAAUAAUGGAGGACAUAAUGAGUUGGCCGAUACAUUAGGUUUUGAUAGGAGGAAGGCUCAUAAGAAGAUUGAAAGAGAAUUGACAAUUAAUCCAGAAGAUUAUGCAGCCAUUGACAUGCACAAUAUCAAUCUAAUUUACUUGCGGCGCAGUGUGAUGGAGGAUCUUAUUGAUCAGGUUGCUGCAUUUUCUAACAAAAUUGCUGGUGCUUUUGUGAGGAUAAGAAUUUCUGGUCUUGGCAACAAGGAAGAUAUGUACCGACUGGUGAAAGUUCUUGGUACGCAUAAAGUUGCAGAGCGAUACACUGUCAGUAAGAAGACAACAGAUUAUGCUCUUGAGAUAUCUAAUUUAGAAAAGAAAGAGAUUAUCACAAUGGAUACGAUUUCAAAUCAGGAUUUCACAGAGGAGGAAUGCAAACGAUUACGUCAGAGUAUGAAGUUUGGUCUAACUGCCCGGUUAAAAGUGGUAGAUGUCUAUGAGAAAGCUAAAAUCUUCCAAUCUCUGCGAUUUAAAGAUUUGCAGCUUCUGAACACCCCUGAAGAAAAGGAACGCAUGAUUAAUGAAGUUCCAGAAGUACAUGUUGAUUCCCGGAUGGAUCCAAGUUAUGAAUCCGCUGAAGAACCAGAGUAUAAGAAAGCUGUUGAUUGGACCAUGCAUCGGAAUGGGCCAGAUCUAUUAUUUCCAGGAAGAAAAGGGACAGAAUUGAAUUCUGUGGAGAAUCAUACACAAAAGAGUCUGGAUACAAGCAGUCUACCUACAGAGGACGUGGACCAUAGAUCAGGUGCAGGAAGUAACAUUAAUUUAAACAACAUGGCACCUGAGCCUGCAUCACUUGGAAUUUUAUCAAAUGACACUGAGCCAGAAAAGGUUUGGCACUACAAGGACCCUAAUGGAAAUGUUCAGGGCCCGUUUACUCUUUUGCAGUUAUCCAAGUGGGCAAGUUUUUUCCCACGCGACCUGAGAGUAUGGCUUACAUUUGAGAGUGAGGAGAACUCACUACUGUUGACUGAAGUGCUCCCAAAGCAGCAGAAAGAUUUUAUUCAGCUUUCAACAGUUACUACCAGUGAUAAAUCAAUGUGGGCAGGCUCUGGUCAAGAUAGAGUUAACUCAAAUGCAAAUAACUCUUCCUCCCCUAUGGGUUAUAACAUGGUCUAUCCUUCUGCAUUAUCUAGCCCGUCUGCUGAGUGUUAUGAUCCAACAAAAGAUCUAAAGCCUCUGGGUGGAACUUCGCCAUCACGAUCUCUGAAAGAUGCUCAUGCUUUGCAUGAGGUUCAGAAUCAGGUUAACUAUUCAUUCACAAUUCUAUCUUCAACUGGUUCAUAUGCACCACCCGGUUCUCAUGAUGGAAGGGUUUCAAGAGACAGGGUUGAUGAAUGGAACAGUAGUCAGGACAAUGGUGGUAUUUGGAGGCCAACCAUGAAUUCUAGUCAGAAGACUAAUGCACAGCAGCAUCCUGAUGGUUGUACUGGGAAGGACCUAAUGCAAACUGAAUCUAAAUGUAGUUCACAUUUGGUCUCAGUUCUUACUUCACAACACUCUGAGAGAGACCCUGCCACUUCCCUUAGUACUACAAGUUGGCCGGUGUUCAGAACCAGGUGCCAGCAGGAAGGUUCUUCAUGGACUUCAGCUACAAAUGCUGGAGCUCAUGACCUUCAGUUAUCUAUUGCUUUAGCAAAGCCGGAGACCUGUUCUCCAACAAAUCCUGUGGAAGACAGAGAUUCAAGUUCUGCUUCUGCUUUGUCUUGUCAGUCUGGGGCUCCUGUCUGCGUUCCCCAACCAGAUCCAACAUCUACAUCUAAUUCAAGGAAGAUUGAUGCAACCAUGGAUCAGCAUAGAACAUGCCAGCCUGACACAUCAAGUGUAUCAUUUGAUCUUCUUCAUGAGCCUAAAAGUGGCUCACUCUUUUCCUUGAAAACUCAAGAUCUUGAGUUUGAGUACCCUAGUCCUAUCCCAAAACAGGAGGGGAAGGGGAUUUCUGUGAACCAGUCAGGCUCAACAUCAGUAGCACAUGAGAAUUUAGCUACAAAGACAUGUGUCCGCGCACCUACUAGCAAAAUUGAUAGCUUACAACCACUUAAGGAAAGAUCACAUUCGACAGAUAGGGACUCAAUCACUCAAUUAGAGCAUCUGUUUGAAGAGAAUGUGAUAAAGAGAAAUAACAAAGUGGUCAAUCCUGUAUCUGAUGCUGAAGGGAUUGCUGUAUCAGAUGUGUUGGAAUCCUUAACAGAACAAGAUUGUGAAAAAUGUAGUAUACAUGGGGUAGCGCCUUCACAAAAAAUGGUGCCAGCUUCAGCUGAGGAAGAUCAACCACAAUGCUCCAGUCCUAUUGCAUUGUCCCCUUGGGGUGAACCAAGUUACUAUCAGGGUGAAGCUGUUGAUUCUGCUCUAUGGGGCGUCCAAGAUGACCCUGGUAAUGACAUGUGGUCAAUGCCUUCUCCAAAACCUGGUUUCCAGCCCUCAUCAGGUCUUGGAGCUGAUGGCAAAGACGCUUCAUGCAUCAUAGAGGAGGCGAGAGCGGACCCAGGAGAUGGUGCUUUUGUCAAAACAUUACCAACACAAGGGGAGAAAAAGAUGGAACAUGGAAAUUCAAGUGCCUCAGGUUCUGGAGUGUCAGAACGGGUAAAACCAAAAGGAAGCGCUGCAUCAGGUCCAUCUCUAGAUGGGAGCACAAAAGUUAUGGGUUGGCAACUGCCGGGCUCAUCUCUAGAGGGCAGUGCAAAAGUUUCAGGUUGGAAACCACCAGUCUUAUCACUUGAAGGGAUUGCUAAUGGUUCAGGUUCACAAGCAUCGUGUCCUUCUACGCAAAGGGGCACAAAAUCUUCAGGUUGGCAGCGAUCAAGUUCAUCCCCGGAUGGGAGCAGAAAAGCCUCAGGUUGGCAACAGUCAAGUACAUCACCAGAGGGGAGUGGAAAAGCGCAUGGCUGGCAACGAUCAGGAUCUUUUACCCAGGGGGGUACAAAGGCUGCAGGUCGGCAACCCUCUCGUUCCUGUACAGAUCGGAUUGCAAAAGUUGAUGGCUGGCAACGAACAAGUUCAUCUCCGGAGGGAAGCAGAAAAGCUUCAGGCUGGCAUUCGUCGGGUCGUGACAGCUCAAAGAUCGCAUCCAGUGCCAGCGAAAACCGUAAAUUGUCUUCUAGUCACCAAGCGACGACACCAACAGGGAGGCACUCGUUGGCAAAGAGACAGGGAAGCAGCGACAAGGGUGCUGCUGGUUGGGACGAGGCUCUGGGGAACUCUUCGGAAGCAUCGAAGAGACAACAGGGAAACAGCGACAAGAAUGCAGGCUCGGGAGUGGCUCUCGGAAGCAACAGGAGCUGGCAUCCAUCGUCUGGUAACCCUAGUCGGGGCGGCCAGGGGAAUCACCAACAUGACAGGGACUCUCACAGCGGUGAUUCGCGGCGGGGUAGCUCGAACUACCCCCGGAGGUCCGACAAUCGUCAUGACCAUGGCAGUGGUGGUUCGUCACGACCCUCGUCAAGAGGGCAGUCCCAGAGGGGGCUAUGUAAACACUACGAGAGUGGCCACUGCGGGAAGGGUUCGAAAUGCCAGUACCUGCACCGGUGAUCGCCGUGGCCGUGUGGAAGCGGGACCCCUGUUUGCCUGGCCGUCCUCACAUUUUUGUAUAGCAGGAUGUGGUUUCGUCGUAGUCAGUAUAGUAGAACGCUUAUUAACCGUGUCGGCACCACUAAGUUGGUAGUAGUACAUAUCUUUCAGGGCAGGAGCAUGACUAAAGUAGGAUUUGUAAGUUUUAUUAGAGCCACUGAUGGCCUUGGAUAAAGAUUCUCCGCUUUUUGGUUCGGGAAUGCACGCUUUUUGUUCAGCUAAA